AUGGGAGUUUUUUAUGCUGUUAACAUACGAGACAAAGAAUUACCUCUUUGCCUAUUUUGGCUUCCAGUAGAAAACUUUAUUACAGACGAAGAUAAAGAACCAAAAUACAGACCUGUUGGAUUAUAUUAUAUGGAACCUAAAGAAGAUCAAGAUAUAGAUGAGCAUCUAGAUAGAUGCACAGUGAAUGUGUCAGUUAUAGAAAAAUUUUCAGCUGGUAUAUCUAUGUAUUAUGUUUCGGCCGGUGUAAUAGCAGGAAUAUCUAGGACGACUGGAUCGCACACUUGUGAAGAUUGGCCGUUUAUACCAUUAUUAUUGACCUGGACAAUUCCAGCACUCAUAAGAAGAAUAAUUUCUGGAAGCUUGGUAGUCAAGGAUCCUAGAAGAGUAUUUAACGAUACAAAAAUAACUAUGGUUAACAACCCGGAUCUUAGAAGACAUAAACGUGUUACCGUUACAUUGUUUGCUUUUAUAUCAAUAGCCCUUCCUUGGCUUGCACCAUUUUUAGCCUACUUCACACCCCCAAUCGGAUUCGCUUGUCGAAGCAAGUAUGUCACGACAAUCUGUGUAAUAUGGUCAUUUAAUAGCAUUUUAGCAUAUUUAUGGCAAUUGAAAGGAGAAAGAGACCUAACCGAUCCUUCAAUAUUACAUG